AUGGUGUUUCUCAACUACACGUACUACGCGACCCAAAGUCAUGUAUUCACUCUUCCUAACCAUUCUGACUUUAUUGAACCCUUCAUCACCACGUCCCCCGCAUCCGUCCCUAUUACGACCAAGCUUUCUGUCGGCCCCACGGCUGACCGGACAACGUCCAAGCCCCUACUGCGGCCCCGAUUACCACGAUCCCUACCGUGGCUCCUAUCACCACUGCCAAAGUUCCUUCGGUGGGCCCCACUGUCGCCACUACGACUGCGUCGCCGUCCAAGAGCAAUGGCUGCUCAACUGCUUCUACCCUACGCUGAACCACUGCUUCCCCGUACAUACACCAAGCCGACCUGUGCCACGUUCGUGGGAGCGUUCUGGUGCAGUAACUAA